GUCAACGAGAAGAGCUUGAAACGAGUACAGAGCGGCCAUCAUGCUGGCUCGCGUCAUCGCCUACUACACCCCCUGCGCUUCUUCGCAUCGGUCGUCAACAACCACGCUAUUCGCAAUGUCGUUGGCGAGGUCAUGGACGAUAUUCUUGACAAGGUUACUGGCCAUGUCGUUGGCGAUGCCGCGGUUCCCAAUGGCAUUGACGAUACCAACGGCCACGUCAAUGGCAAUGUCAAUGGCAAUGACAGUGGCCAUACUAAUAGCAUUGGUAGUGGUAGUGGCUACACCAAUGGCAUUGACGAUACCAACGGCCAGGUCAAUGGCAAUGUCAAUGGCAAUGACAGUGGCCAUACCAAUAGCAUUGGUAGUGGUAGUGGCUACACCAAUGGUAUUGAUAGUGGCUACACCAAUGGCACUGGCAAGAACAGUGGCAACGACGCUGACGGCGAACAUGAAGAUGCCGGCAGCGAGAACGUUUACCUGGACUACGACCAUGACAGCGGCAACGGCAAUGGCAGCCACAGUACCAAUGGCAGUGGCAAUGACGCCGAUGACGAACAUGAAGAUGCCGGCAGCGACAACGUUUACUUUGACUACGGCCAUUCACAGACGAUGGGUGCUCCCAUUAGACAGGACCCGGACAUGCCGUCCCAAACGCCGCAGUCGAAGCAUUGGCAAACCAGACUCGCCGGCUUCAGGGACAGACUGAGCACCUCACCUCCUAUCCGGACGAGGUACCGGAACAGGCGCCUGGAGGAUGUCAACUUUGAGCGGGGUGCUCGGUAUUGGAACACCAUAACGGUCGAAAAAGCCGUUAGACUCGUCGACUCUGCAAACCGUUCUUCGCCAAGACGUGCGGGGGCGUCUCAUCAGGUUCGGGAUCCAUCACCUCUGCGCCGGUCCCUUUCGCCGCAGGACGACGUGUGACUAGGAAGACUGUUGAGGAAUCAGGGGAAUCAACUUCAUGCGAUACCAGUACUAUUAUGAUACCAGAGGUCGGACAGCGUUGGAUUACUUUUCGUUUUGUCUCGCUAUACGGGGUUGUUUUAAUCUUUAGUCUUUUAGAGUCG